CUGAGCGACGGCUGAGGCGUUGAUUCUCGUGAGCCCGGCCCUCGAGCCUCUGUCGGCGAGGCGAGAGCUGGUGUCGACUGAGCCUUGUUUUGCUGUAAACGAGGCAGAAGAUGCUCUUGUACGCAGUAAGCGAGUAGCAGGCUCGGCCUCUCGAAAGUCUGUCGCCAGCUCUUGGGCCAGAGUCGUCUUAGAAGCAGCUUUGGAAUCGUCCUCAUAAAUCCUGCCUAAACCUCCCGGAAUCAAGUUAAACCUGUCAACAAGCACCCGCUCAACAUCCUCGCACUCCACCCUUUGAUUGUCAUCUUGAGUUUGUGGAAUAUUUGAAUCUUUGAUCAAAGAAGAAAGGCAACUAUGUCUCAUACACGUAAACCCCCUCUUGUGACGGGCAUUUCUCCUAAUGAAGGCAUUGCAUGGACUAAGGUCACAAUUCGAGGAGAAAACCUGGGAAUGGGACCAACAGAUCUGAUAGGCUUGACAAUCUGUGGACACAAUUGCCUUCUCACUGCUGAAUGGAUGUCUGCCAGCAAAAUUGUCUGUCGAGUAGGUCAAGCUAAGAAUGACAAAGGGGACAUUAUCGUAACUACAAAGUCAGGAGGGAAAGGGACUUCGACUGUUUCUUUUAAACUUCUGAAACCUGAAAAGAUAGGUAUCUUGGAUCAGUCUGCUGUCUGGGUUGAUGAAAUCAACUACUAUGACAUGCGCACUGACAGGAACAAAGGGAUGCCCCCUUUGUCUUUACGUCCUGCUAAUCCUCUUGGUAUUGAGAUAAACAAAGGAAAUAUUCCACAGAAAGAAUUGGAAACACUGUUUCCUGGAAAGAGUGCUGAUUUUACGAGUGAAAACUUUUCUGCUGCUUGGUAUUUAAUAGAGAACCAUUCAACAGCAAGUUUUGAUCAGUUUAAAAUGGCAGUAAUAAAUCUAAGGAAACAAGCCAACAAGAAAAAUGAGGGAAAUCUACAGUAUGUCAAAGGAGGUCUCAGCACUUUUUUUGAAGCACAAGAUGCCUUGUCAGCUAUCCAUCAAAAACUAGAAGCGGAUGGAACAGAAAAAGUAGAAGGAUCCAUGACGCAAAAACUAGAGAACGUUCUCAACAGAGCAAGUAAUACCGCAGAUACAUUGUUCCAGGAAGUUUUGGGCCGCAAAGACAAGGCUGACUCAACAAGAAAUGCCUUAAAUGUUCUACAGCGCUUCAAAUUUCUUUUCAAUCUUCCAUUAAAUAUUGAAAGAAACAUUCAAAAGGGAGAUUAUGAUGUAGUCAUUAAUGACUAUGAAAAAGCAAAGUCAUUAUUUGGGAAGACAGAGGUUCAAGUCUUCAAAAAAUAUUAUGCUGAAGUUGAAACACGAGUUGAAGCAUUAAGGAAACUACUUCUGGAUAAAUUGCUUGAGACACCAUCAACAUUACAUGACCAAAAACGCUAUAUAAGAUACCUUUCUGACCUCCAUGCAGAAGGAGAUCCAGCUUGGCAAUGCAUUGGUGCACAGCAUAAAUGGAUUCUGCAGCUUAUGCAUAACUGUAAAGAGAGCUACAUUAAAGAACAAAAAGUCAGUCCAUUAAUACAUAGUCCACUGCUUGAUCUGGACGGUGAAGUUCGCCCGUCUUCACUUGGCCAUCUCAGUCGGAGUGCCUCAUUGAAAAGAGGCAGUAGCAAUCAGUCCAGUCAUGAUGAAAAUUGGCGAUUUAAAACUCCUCAGCAAGUAGCAUUUGUUGAAAAGUUAACUAAGCUUGUAGUAAGCCAGCUUCCCAACUUCUGGAAACUUUGGAUUUCUUAUGUGAAUGGGAGCUUAUUUAGUGAGACUGCUGAAAAAUCAGGCCAAAUGGAAAGAUCAAAGAAGAAUGCCAGGCAGAGGCAAAAUGAUUUCAAGAUGAUGAUUCAGCAAGUGAUGCAAUCGCAGGUCAAACUGAUACGUGGCGCUUUGCUUCCAUUUAGCCUUGAAGAAAAUGAACUAAAAGAAUAUGGUGGCUGGGACAUGAAACCUGAACUUUCUAGUCAAUGGCUACCCCAUGUCAUUCAAACUGUUAGGCUUAGUUAUGAAUCUCUUACUGCACUUGAAAUACCAAAUGAUAUGCUUCAGAUCAUCCAGGAUCUUAUUUUUGACCUGAGAGUCCGUUGUAUAAUGAUUACGUUACAACAUACAGCUGAAGAUGUGAAAAAAUUAGCUGAGAAAGAAGAUUGGAUUGUUGAUAAUGAAAGUUUAACCAGUUUGCCAUCUCAGUUUGAGCAAUGUGUUAUGUAUUCUAUCCAGUCACUUAAAGGAGUUCUGGACUGUAAACCUGGGGAGACUAGUGUUUUCCAGCAAACAAAAAUACAGGAAGAUGUGUGCCAUCUGAGCAUUAAUAUCAUGCAGGUCUUCAUUGAUUGCCUGGAACAACUGAGUACAAAGCCUGAUAGUGAUAUAGAUACUAACCAUCUUCCAGGUGACAUCUCAUCUUCAGAUUUAUUUGGAAGCAUCUAUGAAGAUUCCAGUUUAUCUGUAGAACGGAGGCUUUUAAUUGUCCUCAGUAAUUGCUGCUAUUUAGAACGUCACACAUUCCUCAAUCUAGCUGAACAGUUUGAGAAACAUGGUUUCCAAGGAGUGGAAAAAAUUAUUCAAAUUAGUAUGGAUUCAUUAAAAGAACUAGAUCAGCGGCUGUUUGAAAUAUACAUUGAGCUAAAGGCUGACCCCAUAGUAGGUUCAUUGGAACCUGGAAUUUAUGCAGGUUAUUUUGAUUGGAAAGACUGUCUUCCUCCAACAGGUGUCAGAAACUAUUUAAAGGAAGCUUUAGUACACAUAAUUGCCGUACAUGCUGAGGUAUUCACUGUCUCAAAAGAGCUUGUGCCCAGAGUUCUGUCAAGAAUUGUUGAAGCAGUUGCUGAAGAACUCAGCAGACUAAUGCAGUGUGUUUCAUCUUUCAGCAGAAAUGGUGCUCUACAGGCUCGACUUGAAAUUUGUGCCCUGCGAGAUUCUGUGACUGUAUUCCUCACUUCUGAAAGCAACUCAAGCUUUAAGCAAGCUCUGGAAGCCUUGCCUCAGCUGUCAAGCGGUGGAGAUAAAAAAUUGCUAGAAGAACUAUUAAACAUAUUCAAGAGCAGCAUGCAGUUGCAGCUCACCUGCUUUCAAGCUUCUUCUUCCACAAUGGUGAAGACAUAAUUCUGAAACUGAAUUAUUUUCAUGGAAAGAGAACAGUAAAUGCCAUCAGUCUUGUUUUCAAAUAACUGUACUCUUCUUUUCUAUGACCUCACUUUCUUGAAUCAAAAUUCAGACUAAAAUUAUUAAUAGAGCCAUUACUGCAAGAAAUAUGAAACAAAACCAUUUUGUUUUGAUGACAAUUUGUCCUAAAAGAUUUUAAACAGCAAUUUAUCACAUUAUGCUUAAUAGCUUGGCAAGCUGGUUGUAUUUAUUAUCCUAAUAAAUAUUGAUAAGUGUUGUCA